CGAUGUGGCGAGGCUCGGCCCCUCCUGCCCGGCCGCCACCCGCCGCGGCCCGGGGAGGCUGCGGGAGAGGCCGCGGUACCGCGGGGGUAGCUGCGGGAGGCCGAGGGGCGCGAGAUUAAAACCGAAGUGGCGCUGGCGAAGAACGGACAUGCUUGGCAUUUAUCUGCAGUUGCCUGUGUUGUGCUUCGUUAUCUACUCGAAAAGGAGAGACUGAGACUCUGGUGUUUUCACCCAUGACUUCUUCUCGGGUUAUGAUAUAACUGUAAUAAUAAAGCAAAACUGUGGAAAGAGCACCUGGGAACUGAGCAUGGUAGGAUCUUGAACUAAAGUAGCUGGUAUCGACGGAAAGAGGAGGGGAAGGAAUGGCAUCCCGAGAGAGGCUGUAUGAGCUUUGGAUGCUUUACUGCAGUAAGAAAGAUCCAGACUACCUGAAACUCUGGUUGGAUAGUUUUGUUUCUAGCUAUGAACAGUUUCUGGAUGUGGACUUUGAGAAGCUGCCAACUAGAGUGGAUGACAUUCCACCAGGAAUAUCACUGCUUCCUGAUAACAUUCUUCAGGUCCUCAGACUCCAGCUGCUACAGUGUGUCCAGAAAAUGUCAGAUGGCCUAGAAGAGCAGCAGCAGGCUCUGUCACUUCUACUUGUGAAAUUCUUUAUCAUCCUUUGCAGGAAUUUGGCCAAUGUGGAGGAGAUUGGGAUGUGCUCAUACAUUAACCAUGUUAUCACCAUGACUACGUUAUACAUUCAACAGUUAAAAAGCAAAACUAAAGAAAAAGAAGUGGCAGAUCAGACCCCCAUAGAAGAAUUUGUGAGACAUGCACUGGCUUUUUGUGAAAGUCUCUACGAUCCAUAUCGAAACUGGAGGCAGCGAAUUGCAGGACAUUUCCUUAGUACAGUUGAAAGGAGCAGACAGAAGUAUAAACCAGCUUCCCUCACUGUCGAGUUUGUCCCUUUCUUUUACCAAUGCUUUCAAGAAAGUGAACAUCUCAAGGAAAGCCUGAAAUGUUGCCUGCUGCAUCUCUUUGGAGCUAUUGUGGCUGGUGGUCAGAGGAAUGCUCUUCAAGCAGUAUCUCCUGCCACCAUGGAAGUCUUGAUGCGUGUUUUAGCAGAUUGUGACAACUGGGAUGACAGAAACCCUGAGGAAGUGAGCAGGAAGGCAGAGCUGACUCUGAAGUGCCUGACAGAAGUUGUCCAUAUCCUUCUAACCAGCAGUUCUGACCAGCGUCAAGUGGAGACAAGUACAAUAUUGGAGAACUAUUUCAAGUUGCUUAAUUCAGACCAUUCAGCUUUACCUAAUGCGAGGCGAUGCAGGCAGUGGGAGAGCAGAUUCAUAGCACUACAGAUCCAAAUGCUGAAUACCAUCACAGCCAUGUUAGACUGCACAGAUAGGCCUGUUCUGCAGGCAAUUUUCCUUAACAGUAACUGCUUUGAGCAUCUCAUUCGACUGUUGCAGAACUGCAAGCUGUUUUUAAAUGCUAACAAUAAAGUCGCAGACAAGAGUGAGAAAGACCUUACCAACAAAUUACUGACAGAAAUGAAUGAGGACCAGGUGUUUCAGGGACACCUGGACUCCUUGGCAGUAUCAACCAUUCAAGCCCUCACAGCAGUAAUGCACAAGUCUCCAGCUGCAAAGGAAGUCUUCAAGGAGAGGAUUGGCUAUGCACACAUAUAUGAGGUACUAAAAUCACUGGGUCAACCCUCGCGGGAAUUGCUGGAAGAACUCAUGAAUAUGGCUGUUGAAGGUGACCACAUGGCUGUUGGGAUACUAGGCAUUAGUAAUGUCCAACCCUUAUUGCUGCUUAUCCAGUGGCUUCCAGAACUCGAAUCACAUGAGCUGCAGAUUUUCAUCUCAAAUUGGUUGAGGCGAAUCUGCUGUAUUAACAGACAGAGUCGUGCCACAUGUGUCAAUGCAAACAUGGUCAUCCGGAUCAUUGAGACACUCAACUCCCACUCCGCCCUCCACUGUACUUGUGCAGAGAACCUGAUUGCCCUUCUGGGCUCUUUGGGGAGCCAGUCAAUGGGCUCAGAAGAACUGCUUCAACUGAUCCGGCUCCUGAGGACUGAGGAGCCCAAAGGAGCUCACCCUUAUGUGGUUCCAGUGAUGCGAGCCAUCCUGGCCAUGGCCCGGAAGCAGGGCAUGGCCAGUGCCUUGCAGUACUUCAACUUGCACCACAGCAUGGCCGGGAUCGCUGUGCCAGCAAUCCAUCGGUGGCCGGGCUCUGCGUUUUCUUUCAACGCGUGGCUCUGCCUUGACCAGGACCGGGUGGACCCCAGCACGACCAGCAAAAGUGGCAAGAGGAAGCAACUCUAUAGCUUUUUUACAGGAAGUGGUAUGGGGUUUGAAGCCUUUAUUACAUGCUCUGGGGUAUUGGUGGUUGCAGUUUGCACAAAGAGGGAAUAUGCAACAGUGAUGCUGCCUGACCAUUGUUUUUUUGACUCUCUCUGGCACAACAUAACUAUUGUUCAUGUACCUGGAAAGAGACCCUUUGGUCAGAGCCUUGUGUAUAUCUACGUCAAUGGACAGCAGAAGGUCUCUGCCCCACUUCGAUUCCCUGCUAUGAAUGAAUCUUUUACUUCUUGCUGCAUUGGUUCAGCUGGUCAAAGAACAACAACUCCUCCUCCAUCUCAGAUACCAGAUCCGCCUUUUUCCUCCCCAGUUAUGCCCCAUCGGACAUCACUUGGGGGCAUUCUCUCUACAGGAGGUUGGGGUGGGGUGCUUGGAAAACCAGAGCUCAUCACCAAGAUGAUCUCAGCAGGGACUCAGGACAGUGAAUGGGGGUGUCCAACAUCUUUGGAGGGCCAACUUGGAUCUGUUAUCGUCUUUCAUGAAGCACUGCAACCUUCUCAGGUGAAAGCAUUGUAUUUAGCAGGUCCAAACUGUUUAACUCCGUGGAAGUCUCAAGAGACUGAUGUAGCAGAUCUCCCCAGUAAGGUGCUGCUUCAUUAUACACCAAAGGCCUGCAGAAGCCCAAUUUGUCUUGAUCUGUCUGCAAACCUUUUACAUGGAAGACUAACUGGAAACAAAGUUGUGAACUGGGACAUCAAGGAUAUGAUCAACUGUAUUGGUGGAAUAAAUGUGCUGUUUCCAUUGCUGGAGCAGAUUGGCUUUCUUGGUGGACAGAUGCCUGAGAAAUCUGAGGGGGAAACUUUACCUCCAGAACUAGUAACUCCAGUAGAGGGAGACUGGGUGGUGUUCUCAUCCACAAAGGCAUCAGAAGCACGUCUGGAGAAGAACAUAGUUGCAACUUUCAUCUUGAUGAUAAAACACUUUAUUCAGAGACAUCAUGUUAAUCAAGAAAAUCUCAUUCACUCCCAUGGAGUUGCCACCCUAGGUGCCUUGUUACAGAAGGUGCCAAGCAUCUUAAUGGAUGUGAAUGUACUGAUGGCUGUACAGUUGUUGAUAGAACAAGUCUCAGUAGAAAAGAACAUGCAGCUUUUGCAACAGAUGUAUCAACACUUACUUUUUGACUUCAGUAUUUGGAACAGUGGUGACUUCCCCUUCAGAAUUGGACAUAUACAAUAUCUUUCUACAAUCAUCAAAGACAGUAGAAGACUCUUCAGAAAGAAGUAUGGUGUGCAGUUUCUUCUAGACACACUCAGGAUUUAUUAUGGGAGUGGUUGUAAAGACAGUGAUUUGGCUCCCGAUGACCUGAGAACAAUACGGACAUCCCUGUACGGACUGAUCAAAUAUUUCCUGAGCAAAGGUGGAACACAUGAAGAAAUACAGAGCAUUGUAGGGUACAUAGCUGCCACCAGUGAUGAGGAGCAGCUCUGUGGAAUUUUGGAUGUCCUCUUCAGCCUACUUCAUUCCAGUCCAACUCCAGACCAGCUUUUUUUAUUGCUUUUUGAACCAGGGAAUGCUGAUAUUCUUUAUGCUCUGUUAUUGCAUCAAAGAUACUCUGACAGGCUUAGAGAGCUUGUGUUCAAGAUUGUGGAGGAGAUGCUGAAAUGUACCAAAGUUUAUGAACGUAGUAAGCACCGUAUGAGACUCAGAGAAGUGGGAUACUCUGGACUGGGGCUGCUUCUGAAUGAAUCACCAGUUCCUGUUUCCCUUAUUAAAAACCUUCUUAACCAAGUUCUUUUCGCAGAUCCUACUGUGAAUUAUAAAGAUCUUAUAGCUGUAGUGCAUCUGGCUCACAGAUCAGAUAUAAACGUGAGAGUGGUUAUCUGUAGAAAGAUUUUGCACCUUUUGCACACCCAAGUGGAUGCAGCACAACAGAUUUCUCAGCAGCUGGGCUGGCAGGACACUUUGGUUAGACUAUUCCAGAGAGAAAACUCAGAGGUCCGAACUGGCUUUAAAGAGAACAGGACUGAUUUCUUCAGGGAAGAGGAAAAAAAGCCUCCUGCUGAAGAGCUUCAGAAACAUCAGCCUUAUAAGACAGAGGGAGAAAAAGCCAGCAGUUUUGUUAAUGGUCUGUUUGAUCAGUGGAGUUUAGAAGACAACAAAUCCCUGGAUGUCCCUGCUCAUUUCUCUGUUAUGCCACUGGAAGAUGCAUCCACAGCAGAGAUGUCUUUUAGUUCAGAGGACCGAGAAGAAUUGUGGCACAGCAAUCCUUCACAUUUGAGUUUAGAUCUCUCCAGUGUUGACUCUUAUGAACUGGCUGAUGUUGGGAACCAGAUGACAGAUAGCCAGCCCAGCACACCAUCACCUACAGAAAGCACAAAACCGUUCUCUGGGCAGCCUGACAAAGAGUUGGGUGUUAUGAAUGAUGUGGGCUUCACAGCUGAUCUUUCUUUAUUUGAAAACCAAGGAGGGAGUGAUAAUGAACUGAUACAGUUACUUACAGACAUCUUACUGUGUAUAAUGUGGAAAGGUGUUGAAAAAUCUGAUGAUGAUGCUUGGAUCGAGAGAGGACAGGUGUUCUCUGCACUGACCAAACUGGGGAUGUCUAAUGAGUUGCUGCGACCUUCUGAUGAAAUAAAACUCAGCUUGCUGGAGAAGAUGUUAGAAUGGUCAGUCACUGAUAACAGAGAUUCAAAAGCUCUCCCUACACAUGCUGAAAAUGCCUUCAAGCUCUUGCUAAUUGUACAAGAUUUCCUGCAGGCAGAAGGACUAAUUAAUUCAAGUUUAUGGACAGAAAAGCUUUUGGAAGAACUAGUAACUCUCAUGGAUAGCCUGUCAGUCUGGUACUCUGCUGGCCUAGAAGCAAUUAGGCUUUCACAGGUCCAAGUCCAAUUGCUCCUUGGAUUUAUUGCACAGGAUAACUUACAGGUCUGUGCUAUGGCAGCAGCCAAACUAAACACCCUCCUGCAGACCAAAGUAAUUGAGAGCCAGCCUGAAGCAUGCUACCUCUUGGGGAAGCUGGAAGGCAUUUUGAGUAGAUCAAUUGAAGAGAAGACAGAAACUUACUCAUUUUUGAUUCCACUUGUUCGGACAUUGGUAUCCAAGAUUUAUGAGCUUCUUUUCAUGAACCUGCAUCUCCCUUCAUUGCCUCCUACCAAUGGCAGCCCUUCUUUCUUUGAGGACUUUCAAGAAUACUGCAGCUCUGAUGAAUGGCAAGUUUAUAUUGACAAAUAUAUUAUUCCAAAUAUGAAGCAGUAUGAAGAGAACUCAUUCAGACAUGAUAAUGAGCAGAUGGCACUUUAUUGGAAAGUUUGUUACGAAGCAUUUAUGGUGAACAUGCACAAGCGAGACCGGGAAAGAGGAGAAAGUAAACUUAAGUUUCAGGAGCACUUUGUGGAACCAUUCAGCAGAAAGGCUCGACAGGAAAAUCUGCGGUACAACAGUAUGCUAAAGCAACUUAGUAGUCACCACACAGCUACUCUGAGGCAGUGGAGAGCAGCCCAGCUUUACUUGUUCUCUGAACGUGGUCCUUGGUCUGAAAGGAAACAGCGUCCUAUUCACUGGAAACUUUCAAACGUGGAAAACUUUUCACGUAUGAGACUAAAACUAGUGCAGAAUUACAACUUCAACUCUCAUCAGGAUGCUAGUGACCUGAGAGAUAAUUUAGGUGUGCACCAGACACAGCCCUCUAGUGAGUCUCUGCUUCUGGAGGUGGUGAAGCAGGUCAAAGUGAGUGACUUGGAAGAUGAUGUUCUUGAACUACCAGAUGAAGACACAGCAGCCAGUUCCAAUUUGGAUGACAAGGACGAGGAAAGUCAGAAAGAAAAGCUAAUAUUGUCUGAAGACUGUGAACUCAUUACAGUAAUUGAUGUGAUACCUGGCAGGCUGGAGAUCACUACACAGCACAUCUAUUUCUUUGAUGGUAGCAUUGAAAAAGAGGAAGGGAUAGGUUUUGAUUUCAAAUGGCACCUUUCUCAAAUUCGAGAGAUACAUUUGCGUCGGUACAACCUGAGGAGGUCAGCUUUGGAGAUCUUCCUUACAGAUCAAACCAACUACUUCCUCAACUUCAAUAAGGAGGUACGAAAUAAAGUAUACAGUCGAAUACUGUCACUGCGUUCUCCAAAUAUUUCUGGGACCAGAUCUCCACAGGAACUUUUUAAAGCUUCGGGAUUGAUGCAGAAAUGGGUGAAUAGAGAAAUAUCCAACUUUGACUACCUUAUUCAGCUGAACACGAUGGCAGGACGAACUUACAAUGACCUUGCUCAAUAUCCCGUGUUUCCCUGGAUUUUACGAGAUUACACUUCAGAAGAACUGGACCUGAAUAAUCCUGCAGUCUUUAGGGAUCUGUCCAAACCCAUAGGUGUGGUAAAUGAAAAGAAUGCAAAGACUGUGAAAGACAAAUAUGAGAAUUUUGAGGAUCCUCUUGGGAUGAUUGACAAAUUUCACUAUGGGACACAUUACUCAAAUGCUGCUGGUGUCAUGCAUUACCUCAUUCGGGUAGAACCUUUCACAACACUUCAUAUCCAGCUUCAAAGUGGCAGAUUUGACUGUGCUGACAGGCAGUUUCACUCUAUUCCUGCUACCUGGCAGGCGCUCAUGGACAACCCCAAUGAUGUCAAGGAACUUAUUCCAGAGUUCUUCUACUUUCCAGAGUUCCUGGAGAAUCAAAAUGGUUUUAACUUAGGCCAGCUUCAAAUAUCAAAAGAGGUGGUAAAUGAUGUUGUUCUGCCCAAAUGGGCCCACUCUCCAGAAGACUUCAUUUAUAAACACAGGAAGGCUUUGGAAUCUGAGUAUGUUUCUGCUCAUCUUCAUGAAUGGAUAGAUUUGAUUUUUGGCUACAAGCAGAGGGGACCAGCUGCAGUGGAGGCACUUAAUGUGUUCUAUUAUUGUACUUAUGAAGGGGCUGUGGAUUUGGAUGCUUUAACAGAUGAAAAAGAAAGGAAAGCUUUAGAAGGGAUGAUAAACAAUUUUGGGCAAACUCCCUGUCAGCUGUUGAAGGAGCCCCAUCCACAAAGGCUGUCAGCAGAAGAGGUAGUGCAAAGACUAACUAAAAGUGAUACCUCUACUCUGAAUCUCUUCCAACACCUCACUGAACUGAAGUCAUUCUUCAUAGAGGGAAUUAGUGAUGGUGUGCCCAUUGUCAAAGCUGUUGUUCCCAGGAAUCAGUCACGUUCCUUUAUUUCUCAGGGAAGCCCAGAGAUCUUGGUAACAGCAAGUCUGAACUGCAUUAUUGGGACUCAUGGUUGGCUACCUUAUGAUAAAAAUAUCUCCAACUAUUUUACAUUCAUCAGAGAUACCACAGUGACAAAUCCCAAAACCCAACGCAACAUGAGUGGUCCUUUUGCACCAGGGCUGGAGAUCACCUCAAAGCUGUUUGCAGUGUCCCAUGAUGCAAAGCUGCUCUUCAGUGGAGGACACUGGGACAACAGCAUCAGGGUGACAUCUCUCACGAAAGGCAAGCUGAUCGGACAGCACAUCAGGCACAUGGAUAUUGUGACCUGCUUGGCAAUAGACUACUGUGGAAUUCAUUUAAUUUCAGGCUCCAGAGAUACUACCUGUAUGAUAUGGCAAAUAGUUCAGCAGGGAGGAGUGCCUGUAGGCCUGGCACCUAAGCCAUUUCAGAUCCUCUAUGGGCAUACUGAUGAAGUUUCGAGUGUUGGCAUCAGCACUGAACUUGAUAUGGCAGUGUCAGGAUCCAGGGAUGGCACUGUUAUUGUCCGCACUAUUCGGAAAGGUCAGUACGUGAGGACUUUGCGACCACCUUGUGAGAGUUCUCUCCUGCUGACUGUUCCCAAUCUGGCUGUGUCCUGGGAAGGACAUAUAGUUGUCCACACCAGCGUAGAAGGAAAGACUACUCUUAAGGAUAAGAAUGCAUUACAUCUCUAUUCUGUCAAUGGAAAAUAUCUGGGUUCUGAGACUCUGAAGGAGGAAGUGUCAGAUAUGUGUGUGACUGGCGAGUAUAUCGUGAUGGGCAGCUUACAGGGAUUUCUCUCCAUACGGGAUCUCUACAGCCUGAGUCUGAGCAUCUCCCCCUUAGCCAUGCGACUGCCAAUUCAUUGCAUUUCUGUCACCAAAGAGUACAGCCACAUCCUUGUUGGCUUGGAGGAUGGCAAGUUGAUUAUCGUUGGUGUUGGCAAGCCAGCAGAGAUGCGCUCAGGUCAGCUUUCCCGAAAGCUGUGGGGAUCAAGCAAACGGCUCAGCCAGAUUUCAUCAGGAGAGACUGAAUAUAACACUCAAGAUUCCAAGUGAUUGCUGCUUCUACCUUCUCUCACGGAUUCCAGAAACAUAUUUAAUCUUUUUGUCACUUUAAAUGUAUAAAUAUGUAAUCAGGGGCUUGAUUCUUAAGUCUAUUGACGAAGAACCUAUGUUAGAGGUAUAGUAGUAAGCAUAUGUACUCAUGCAAGUUAGCUUGCUUGCUAUUUUCCCUAACUGUGUUGACUUGGUCACAGCAGUAUCCCUCUCUCAACAGCUGCUAAAACUGUGUUUUGGGAGGGGAAAAAAACCCCAGAACCAAAAAACCCACAAGUUUCCAAACUCAAGCUUACUAACUGAAUUUUAGAUAAGUAGCAUUUGAUUUAAAGCUGAAUAGGGCCAGAUGCUCCUUGAUCACAAAGAAGGUAUUUGGCUUUGCUUUGACAGCAUUGUUAUUCCCCAAUAAAUUAAAAUUCUGGCAGUUGCAAUGGUUGGAUUCAGAAUUGGGAUAGCUGACAGUUAUGACCUUCUCAAUAUGUUUUUUAGCCCAGUGAACAUUUUAUUGCAAUUUGUUCAUGUAAAUGGCUAUUGCUGUCUUUUGUGCAGUUCCAGUUUUACGCUGUUCUGUAAGGAACAUCUGUGUUGCACUACUUGAUUAUCAGAGAUUUUUUGAAGUACAGACAUGAAUAACUUAAAAGGAGUUGAAGGUGGUGAAGGAGCUGAAGGAGGUAGGAAAUACUUGCUGCUGAAAAUUAUUUAUAUUGUCACGUAGACUAAGACACACCAAGAAAUCCCAUGGUAUAUUUAAUAUCUUGUAGAAAUACAGAGGAAGAAUCAUUAUCUUGGUCAAAGAUCAAUCUGCUUCAUUAGUAAGGCAAAUCCUGCAAAUAGAAGAUAAAUUUCCACUGCAGAAUCAUUAUGCAACAUUGCAGCACAAUUUAAUUAAAAAUAGCACCUGUUUGUUUCUUGACUUGGUGUUCACCAAACCAGUUGUUAGCCAUACUUUUUCCUGUAAAAACAAGCAGGGAAAAACAGAUGAACAUUUUGAAGAUGCAUUUAAGACCUAGUAAAAGAAAAUACUAGAUCCUUAAACGUGCUGUAUCCAAUUGCAUGCUAUGUUUUGGAGAAGGCAUUACUGGUUUGUUUUGGUUUUUUUCUCGGUUUACCAAUAUAUGGUGAUAGAAGGGUAUGCAUUUUCCUAUCAUUCUGACGUUUUUAUAAUGUUACUGAUUUAAAUGAUAAACCCCAUACUGUUGGAAAGCCUGGUGCUGAGGGAAAAAUAUGAAUUUUUGGAUCAGCGUGUGAAGGUGUGUGUAUGUGUAUAUAUGUGUGUAUGUGUAUAUAUAUGUAUAUUCAUGUAUGUAUGUCUAUUAAAAGAGAGAAUACCAUGGGAUAAGGGGAGUAUAGAUACAAGGCUGAACUAUAAGUGAUUGUUAGAUAGCAUGUUCCCUUUUGGCUACCCCUUCCUUCCCUCUACCAUCACUUUUCUUGUUAUUUUUUAUUUAUUUAUUGAAAUGGAUGUGUGUUAUAUCUCUUGUAAAUGUUAUCAGAUAUUCCCUGUGGCUGGAGAGCUGUUGAACUACCUGAGGAACUGCAUAAUGUAUAAUCUCAUUUCAUUAACUUUAAGCACAAUAUUUAUUAACUCUGUAGAAAUAGUAAUACCUCCUUACCCUGCUAAAGGAUAAUCUUUACAAUUUCUAUUAGUCUCAUUAAAACUGAUUUCUUCUCUUCAAUUUCUUUACUGGAAAAAAAAAAUCCCUCUUAAUGACUGAUUAGUGUACUGUGUAAAGAAAGUUGUGUUGCUUUUUCUUAACUUUUGUAAAUGAAAUAAUAAAUGAGACUAGUGAACAA